GUCAGGUACCAGAGCAGCGGCCGGCACAGCCCGGUAUCCCUAGGCAUGGCGGCCUCGGAGGAGGUGCCCGCUGUGGCUGAGGGCGUGGACUCGGCGCCCUGGGCGCAGCUGGAGGCCCCCGCCCGGUGCCUGUUGCAAGCGCUGCAGUUGGGGCCGGAGGGGGCGUGGCGCGGCCUGGGUAUGCUGCGGGCGCUGGGCAGUCGCAGCGCGGAGCCCUUCGACUGGGGCUGCGUCCUGGAGGCGCUGUGCCGGGAGGAGCCCGUCGUGGAGGGUCCGGACUGUCGCCUGGAGCUGAAACCCCUGCUGCUGCGAUUGCCUCCGUUAUGCCAGAGGAACCUGAUGUCCCUACUGAUGGCUCUUGGGCCAUCGCUGCCCGAGAGCGGCCUACUCCCCGUGCUGCAGAUUGCACGACAAGACCAAAGCCCCAACCCCGACGCCUGGCUCCAGGCCCUGGGGGAGUUGCUGCGGAGGGAUCUGAACGCUGGGGUAGCGACUGAGGGGACGUCCCCACUGUCUACAGACUACCAGAGACAGCUCCAAGGCCUGUGUAGGCGGCUAGGCCAGGGAGGCAGGAGGCUGAAGUUGGCCCAGGCUCCUGUUCCCGAAGAGGAACAAGAGGAAGGCAAGGAGGACAAGGACUCCCCACGGCCUGGGAAACGAAGAAAGGGGCCAGAGGAAGAGCCUGCCAGUCCUGAAGGCGGACAGGCCCCCAAAAGGUUCCGGCAUUUGGAAAGGGAAGAGGAAGGAGGUCAGGAAGAGGAGAGAGGUGAACCUGAGUCUUUGGAGCUCCCGGCAGACGGAGGAGGUGCCUCACCCAUGGAGAACCAGCUUGUUGGGGCCGAGCCCAGGGAGGCUGGUCAGAGUCUGGAGGAGGCUAAGGACCUAGCCGAGAGUUUGGAGUUGCCCAAAGCUCUCCAGGACCAGGUUCCCAGGCUGCAGCAGCUGCUCAAGACCUUUGGGGAGGGGUUGGAGGGCGCUCCCCCACUUGAGCUACAGCUUCUCCAUGAAUGUAGUCCCAGCCAGAUGGACCUGCUGUGUGCCCAGCUGCAGCUCCCACAGCUCUCGGACCCAGCUCUCCUGCAGCUCUGCACCUGGCUCCUGUCCCUUUCACCAGAUCUUAGCCUUAGCAAUGCGACCAUUCUGACCAGGAGCCUCUUUCUUAGACGGAUUCUCUCCCUGACUUCCUCGGCCUCCCGCCUGCUCAUCAUGGCCCUGACCUCCUUCUGUGCCAAGUAUGCCUAUCCUGUCUGCAGAGCCCUUCUUGGCCCGGUGCUCCAGGCCCCAGAAACAGGCCCAGCUCAAACGGAGUUACUGUGUUGCCUUCUGAAGGAUGAGGCCCUGGCACCGGACACGCAGGUUCUGAUGCUGGGACAGAUCUUGGAGCUGCCCUGGAAAGAGGACACUUUCGUGGUGUUGCAGUCCCUGCUGGAGCGGCAGGUGGAGAUGACCCCUGAGAAGUUCAGUGUGUUGAUGGAGAAACUCUGUAAAGAGGGGCCAGCGGCCACCGCAUCUGUGGCCUAUGCCAAGCUCAUGCUGACGGUGAUGACCAAGUAUCAGGCCAGUAUCACUGAGAUCCAUAGGCUGGGCCUGGCCGCAGUCCUAGAGCUCAACACCACUUUCCUGAGGAAGCCCCUACAGGCCGCCCUGAGACAUCUGGCCCCCUGACCAUCACUCCUGGAGCCUGAAGGAGACUUCUCCAACUGCCUGAAGUAUACUUCUGCUCUCAGCGCCUCACCCUGACUUGUUGCCUGGGGGUAAAGGCAGAGCCUGGCCAUGCCAAGGGUCUGCUGCCCCCCUGCUCCAGGAUGCAGAGAAAACAUCUUGGCCUCCUAGCCAGCAGAGAAGGUCCCAGGCUAAGCAGGCUUGAUGAGCUUUAUUUCCAAGGGAUGCUGACCUUGGGCUCACUCCUUGUCACUUUUGCUUCAGACUGUGGGGAUGGGAACUUUCUGAAAGACCUCAGUAGGGUCAAAGCAGACCCGGGUAGAUGAAUGAUGCUUCAGGAGCCCUGAGGUGACCUGUGUCCUUGGCACAAAUAUCUUGCACUCAAGUGUAUGUUAUGACCCUC